UUGCUGUGAUGUUUAAUAUAGGCAGUCAUUUUAAACUUUCCCUAUGUUGCCAGUGUCCUAAUCAUCUUUAAGGAGUAGCCUAUUUUGGCAUUUCUAGCAUUUAGGCUUAGGCCUAUGCUGCCCAUUCACAAAUAUGUUUCACAAUGGGUAGGCUAAGUGGGAAAUUACUCCUUGAAGUUAUUAAAGUGUAUAUUUGAGAAGUUUUAAAAAAUGUUUUGUGUCGGGUCAGACGAAGUUCAGUAGUGUAGCCUAAAUUAUUCAGGUGUUCCAGUGAUGGAGAUGGUGGAAAGAGAUGUCCGACCUGCCUAUUAUUGGAAAUUCGUCCAUAGCUCCGCCCAACUUCAACGCCUAGUGUACAAGCUAGAGAAAAAGUGAAAGCAUCUGAUGGGAAGUUUGCAUUGUGUGACAGAGUCGCUUGACAGGAAACAUCGCACUGGGUUGCUCAGCCAAAAGACAACCAUGCAUGACCAAGUCGUCUGCGUGGCUGGGGUAACUGUAUUGGGACUACUAGAGCAAGCUUAUUUCUCGCUGCAGGUGAUCUACGCUCGACGCAAGUACUCCGUCUCCCCUCCUUUGACAUCUGGACCGCCGGAAUUUGAAAGGAUAUUCAGAGCACAAGCCAACUGUUCGGAGUAUUUCCCCCUUUUCAUAGCUUCCUUAUGGGUCGCUGGACUGUUCUUCAGUCAAGGUGCGACAGCUCUGCUUGGCCUUCUCUACCUAAUCGGACGCUACUAUUACUUCUGGGGCUACGCUGAGUCUGCCCUCGGCAGGCUGAAGCCUCUGUACUUCGCUGCCAAGGUGCAGUGGCUGCUGAUUAUCCUGGGUGCUGUGGGCGUGCUGUGCUCCAUGAGCAGGCUCUACCUGGGCCUGGACCUUGUCAGACUCCUCACCUGGGGCCUGAUGUGAUGUGAGACAAGGGUAGUUAUGGUGGGCAGCCUGGAUUCAGCAUCUACUAUGAUCCAGUUCCACAUAUUCCAAAUGACCUGGUUGUACCUGUCCAGGAAUGCCUUCACUGCCGUUGCUAACAAAGUGAGAACUUUGUUGGUUAUAACUUACUUGGUUGCUAUGCAAUUUCCUAUGGGCAACAUACCAAGUUGCUGACUGGUUAGCAACGAUGCUUUUGCGAAACUGGGUCUAGUUAGGUCCAAGUGGACAGGUGAAACCAGGUCAUCCAGAAUAUCUGGAAUUGGAUUGUAGCAUCUGAAUCCAGUUUGCCCGUCACUGGACAAGAGGGACACCUACUGUCUAAGGUGUCAAGAAUCUGCUUCAGAAGUAAAAACUCUUCCACAGUUUCCUGACUACUCAGUUGACUUCACAGAGUAACUGGCCCUCCUGUCUCAAGUACUCAUUACAUUGUGAUCAGUUGAUUCUGAGUGGGUUGGAUCAAAUUUGCGGCAGGGAUUUCACUUUCUGGGAUUGCCACCUCGACCUACUGAAGCUCAGAGAAGGGGGAACGUUGUUCAGUCCAGUCUCCAGUCCAGUCACCAAAUGAACAUGAGAACUUGAGGACAGAUAAGAUAAGACUGAGAGAAGAGCUGCAUCCUGUCCUGAUGGUUUUCCUCCCUAUUUAUUUAUACUCUUGAUUAAGAUAUGUAUAAAAGAGGGGCUUUUUUUUAAAUCAAUGUUUAUUGCAAAUCCAUUUUGUAACAAAUAAAUAAAUACCUUCAUAUUGAACAUGCAUUUUACUGUCUUCAGGUUAGGUUGAAUGGACAAGUUGCCUUCCGCAUAUGUGUACCUACUUAACCCUCUGGUUGUGUUAGAAACAUGGUUACGUUCAUGAUGUCAAAAUUGAUGGUCAAAAUUGACCGCCUACACAAAAAAGGUGAUAAUACAUUGAUUAAAAAUCUGAUUAGCAUAUUUUGUGAUUAAUACCUUUUAGACAUCCUUUUGAAACAUUUCCAAUGUGAUUUAAAUGUUAUUCUGCUUUGUUUUAGUGAUUUGUAGGCUUUUUUCUUAUCUUGCACCAAUUCGUUUUAUUAACCCUCUGGAGUCUAGGGCCUCUCAGAGGCUUUCAGGCCGUUUGGAACACCUUUACUUUUUUCAAGUAUUUCAACUAACUGUAAACAUCUAUACUAAUGUGGCACAUAUGGUUGUAUUCUGAAAAGCCUAACAAAAAAGAAUAUGAGAGUAAAGUGAAUGUAAUAUAACUGUAUAUAACUUUGGGAGAUGUCAAUUAAUGGUCCGGUCAUUUUUGAAACACCAUGAUAGACAGGUCAUCAGCUGGGAAAAUUAGGCCUUUCGUCCUACCGCACUUUUCUCUGUGGAUUACUGACCAGAAGACCUACUGGAAGAAAUUAAAACAUGGGGCCACGUCAAUUUUUGCUCAGAAUUCAAAUAAGACAGGAAAUAGGACAGAAUAGUGCUGAAAGUAGUUCAAUCGUUCAUGAAUAUCACCUUAUAGUACAAUGUAAUAAUGCAUGAAAACCAGUCAUUUUGGAAAAUGGCGGCCAUAUUGAAUUCUGAGCAAAAAUUGACGUGGCCCCAUGUUUUAAUUUCUUCCAAUAGGGCUUCUGGUCAGUAAUCCACAGAGAAAAGUGCGGUAGGACUAAUUUUCCCAGCUGAUGACCUGUCUAUGAAUGUAACAAGUUGGUGUAUCUUCAACAAUUCUUUAGGAAUUUCAUUAUAUUUCAUUUUGACCAUUUGAAUAGGUUAGCUGGAGGAUAUCAUGAAGUGUCAUUUGUGUAUGAUGAAAAAUAGAGAAGUUAUUUAAGAUUGAAAUUUCAAAACGGUCAUUUUUGACCGUAACACAACCAGAGGGCUAAGCUUUAUCUGGGCGUGUCUUUUUAUUUGAAAAGUUUGGCACUGAUGAUGGUCUGAAGGACUGAAAACGUUUUGCACUUCACUGGGUAGCAAGUUCUUUAUUUUUCUUAUGCAUU